GGAGAAAUGAUCAAAUCGCUCUUCGUCACAGGCUCGAGCGGCGAGGUAUUGAUUGAACGCCAUUGGCGCGGAGUCACGCCGCGAAAUGUGUGCGACUUCUUUUGGGACGAGGUGAAUAAGUACGAUCACAGUACGGAAGUGCCACCAAUUUUGCACACGUCUAAAUAUUAUUUGGUAUCGGUAUCUCGGGAUGAUAUCUAUGUUAUUGCUACACUGGCCAAAGAUGUUGCUCCGCUUUUGGUGAUUGAGUUCUUGCAUCGAGUGGUUGAUAUCUUCGUUGAAUACUUUGGUGCCGCAGAUGAGGGCUCAAUCAAAGAUAAUUUUUCUAUGGUCUACCAACUUCUCGAGGAAAUGCUGGACAAUGGGAACCCCUUGACGACGGAGCCAAACGCAUUGAAAGCGAUGAUCAAGCCACCCUCUGUCAUGGGUCGGCUACAGGCUGUCGCAACGGGGAGAUCAAAUGUGAGCGAUGUAUUGCCUGACGGGACCAUCUCAUCCAUGCCCUGGCGCAAGUCGGGCGUCAAGUACGCACAGAACGACAUCUACCUCGACAUAGUGGAAGAGGUGGACGCAAUUGUUGAUCGAAAUGGGCAGGUAGUGUCCUCAGAGGUGACUGGGGCCAUAAUGGCCAACUCUCGUCUCUCGGGCAUUCCUGACCUUUGUCUGAGUUUUGUGGAUCCAGAGGUCAUUGACGACUGCUCAUUUCACCCCUGCGUACGAUACAAUAGAUUUGAACGCGACCGUGUCGUCAGCUUUGUACCUCCAGACGGUGCAUUUGAACUCAUGCGAUAUCGUGUCAACACCAAGGCUAACGUUUCUGCACCAAUUUAUGUCACACCCUCAGUGACCAUGUCUGACGAACACAACGCAGGUCAUGGUCGUAUCCAGAUACAAAUCGGUCAGAAGCAGACGUCCUCACUUGUUAUCCCUAAUCGCAAAGGGUCUUUGCUCAUUGAGGAUGUGACCUUGUCUAUUCCUUUUCCAAAAUGUGUCAAGACCGCCACCUUAUCUGCGACCCUAGGAACGGUCCUCUACGAUGAAGCCACUAAAGUAGCGAAAUGGACUGUUGGCAAGCUGGCCGUGACCGGAAACAGGGUACCCCAGCUAACUGGAUCCAUGGUGAUUCAAGGCGCUUUGGAGGAGUUGCCCCCAAUCCAAGUGACCUGGAAGGUCCCCAUCGCUUCGAUUUCUGGUAUUCAGAUUGCGGCUCUCCAGCUCACUAAUGAGCGCUAUCGCCCAUACAAAGGUGUUCGUACUAUCACCAAGUCCGGUCGUUUCCAAGUUCGUGCCUGACACAGAUGGUAUAGUCUGGGUAUAGUUCGUCUUACGAGGCCCCACGAAUUGGUUGCGCCGCAUCAUAAUUGACCAUCCUGCGCCUACAGCUUGACUAUCCUGCGCCUACAGCCCAGCAAAGGCAGCUCAGGGCCAGGCAAUGAUUUCGCAAAUUCACUUCCUUCAGCGCGACGGAACACUUCCUUCAGCGCGACGGAACAGUUGCUGGUUCGAUUUCGGCGUUUUUUUUUACAUAUUUCGUGGUAAUUCUCAUUUUUUUCGCCUUU